ACAAGCAUGAGAGGGACUUGUAAAGAACAAAAACAUUUUGUAUUAUAAAUAUAACCAAAACCAUCAACUACCCAAAUACAUUACACACGCACAAACAUGAGUGAGAGUACUUGUGACGAACAAAAACAUUUUGUUCUAGUACAUGGUCUAUGUCAUGGAGCCUGGUGUUGGUUCAAACUGAAGCCUCUUCUCGAAGCAGCCGGUCACCGUGUUUCCGCAUUUGAUUUAUCUGCCUCCGGAACCAAUAUUAAAUCCAUACAACAAGUCACAACAUUUUCUGACUACACUAUGCCAUUACUAGACUUCAUGGCCACCAUUCCUCCAGAGGAGAAGGUUGUGCUUGUUGGCCAUAGCCUAGGUGGUUUGAACAUAGCUCUUGCCAUGGAACAGUUCCCCGAAAAGGUUUCCGUUGCUGUCUUCCUCACCGCCUUUAUGCCAGAUACAGUACACAAGCCUUCUUAUGUUAUAGAGCAGCUUAACGCAACUAUUCCGGAAGAAGGUUGGUUAGAUACACAGUUCUUGCCAUACGACGACGAAAACGUGCCUAAUCAAACAAUUCUUUUGGGUCCAAAUAUGUUGUCCUCGAAGCUCUAUCAACUUUGUUCCAUUCAGGAUCUUGAAUUAGGAAAAAUAUUGGUCAGACCUGGAUCUUUAUUUGUGAAUGACCUGCAAAAUUCAAACGAAUUUACGAAAGAAAGAUAUGGCAUUGUGAAGCGGGUUUUUGUCUUAUGUGAUGAAGACAAACUCAUCAAUGAAGAUUUCCAAAAAUGGAUGAUUGAAAAUAGUCCAGUGGUCGAGACUAAAGAGGUGAAAGGUGUGGACCAUAUGGCGAUGUUAUCUGACCCAAAACAACUCAGUGUUUGCCUCCUUGACAUAGCUGUUAGACUUGCUUAGAAAUUCUUCAUUUUAUGUUUAUGAAAAUACACAUUCGCAAUUACUACUUUCAGUCAUUAUAUGUUUUAGAAUUGCGUCCAUGGAACAUUGUAAUUUGAAUUAAUUAUCUUUCUUGUUGUUAUUGUUUUCAA